AUGCAGCACGACAUUUCAAAACUCAUGACCGGUCAGUGGUCAACCCGGAAAAAGGAAAAUGACGUAAAAGAAGCUACGAAGCUACCCCUCUUACUCUCACAGGCCAUGGAAGGCCGCCCGAUUACAUCGCGAAGUCAAUUUCUGGCGCUGCCUCCAGAAAUCCUGACAGAGAUCAUGGCCUUGAUUGCCAACGACAAAGCUGCGCUAUCUGCUCUCGCUUUAGUAAACAGCGAUUGUAGACAGCUAGCUCGUUCUUAUCAAUUUGUCGAGGUUUGCUUUGAUUACGGACCGCGAUCAAGAAGGCUUUUACAGCGGCUUGUGGAUGAAGCACAUAUUAGAGCAGAUACUGCCAGCGGCACUCCAGCUCCUCUAUUUAUUGGCUCUUGUAUUCGUCAAGUCAAAGUUCAACCUGAGCCGCGACACGUUGCUGCUGCGCACAAAGAUCUCUGGGCGGCCAGCUCGGGAGAUCCUAACUGUAUUCUGUCACAGCAACAAAUGGAUGAGCUGCGCAACAAUGCAGCAUAUAAGUACCUCAUCAAGUACCGCCAACCUAUCCUCAAGGUGCUGACUGAGGCAAUGCCCCAUCUUGAUAGCCUCUUGUGGAAUGAUGAGAUGUGCCUCGACAUCGAGGCCAUGAGGACAUUGGCAAGUCUGCCCUUGCAGAAUCUCGAGUUUUCCGGAGCCUACAUCGGAGUACCAUUUUCUCUAGAAUCUCCGUUGGUCUCACACGCCGCAAAGUUGCAAUCACUUUCUCUGGGCAUCAGCUCGUGCAAAGAGGCCAUGCAUGCGGAAGGCAAGCCAAAGAAAUCUAAGAAACUAUCGUCACUCAUAUCACGCUUCCUUCAGCAUAACUGUGAAUCACUGGAGAGUCUCACAAUUCAAUCCUCCGGUAAAAAGGCUGAAAAAUUCAGAGGUCAUGAGACAAUGACGUUUCCCCGUCUUCGCUAUCUCGACCUUGCCUCUGGCACGAGCUAUCCCGACCUGGCAGCUUGGUCGUCGUUCUUGUCUGCACCGCUGAGACACCUGUCACUCCCUCUGAAUGGUCUAAACACCUCUAAACAAUACAUGUCCGAUUGCCCAACGUUUCAAGACCUUGAAACGCUGGUUGUACCGUCUCUCUCUAUGGAUAUGGAAUUCGCAAAGCCGAUCGCGGAUUUUGUCUUGCGGCAUUCUCAUGUCAGCAAACUCUCUGUCCAGAACAGCACACCCUAUCUUCUGGACCAGCACAUUCUUCCAGCCUUGGCCAAUGAACAAUGGUCAAACCUUACUUCCCUUUCAAUAUCAUGGCGAUAUCCAGCAAAUAUCACAUCUUCAGACACCCAGCAAGUCUAUACCCACAUCGCCGCAGAAUCACUAGCCGUUAUUACUCGUAUCAAGUCAUUAGAGCAGCUUUGCCUCAGCGCUGGUGAGGCUAUUGGUGAGGCUGCUGGCUGGCGUCAGUAUUGGCUCCCCGACCAUGAUGACUUGCGUAUGCGACUCCAAGGCUUGGAUAAUCUCCAAAAGCUUGCCUUCUCAAGAGAUACAUAUAUGAUUCCGGAUGAGAUACCAUUUCGGGAUAUCGAAAGCUACUACGACGACCGGUGGGUGACACAGGCAGAGUUCGAUGACGCUUUAUCACUCCCGCAUUUUGGUCCAGCCAAUCAAGGUCGUUUGAGACUUAGACAGAGACAUGGUGCCCGCGCAGCUGAUUCGGUUGAUGACGAUGAUGUUGACGACUACGGUUUUGAAAGAGAAGACUACGAAAUCAACGUCCAUGUGGAUGUCGGUAAUUUUGCUCCUAACGACAUGGUCUGGGAGCGUGCUCAUCUUUACCGCAUGCUCAAGGAAGCAGAGCAAUAUGCCACGGUCUUACCAAGUUUGAAAUGGGUCUUUUGCGGCCAGCGGCCAAUGUCAGUCGAGGCAACGGAGGGAUCGGAGGAGAAAAUAUUCAAAGCCACGCCGUUGACUGAGCAGAGAGAUUCUCUUGGGGAAAUCUUGGUCCCAAUCUUUGAAAUGAAAGGAGGCAACUGA